GGCUUUUCUUGUGCGUUUGAAAGAGUAGUCACCGUGGAAGAAGCAUGUCCACUCGUUCACCUGAAAGGCCUGAUCAGCAGAACAGGAGAGAUGGAGAAUCCUUUGGACGCAUGCAAAGGCCAAGGCAGGCGUCUUGGUUGUUGCCAUUUGUGCAAUGGUUCAGGUUCAGUCAGGGAAUUAUAGAAAACAGCAACUGGUCGCCUAGUGAACUUUUCCUAAUGAUGAUUCUGCGAUUCGGGCAAUCAUUUUACCUUCCUGAAAAGCAUGUUGAAAAGUCUAUUGGAGUUAAAAACUUGACCGAGAAAGUUGGUCUCAAAGCAAUUUUCUGCUUCAAAUUUUGCACCAAUUUAGGGCUCUAAUGGCCACACGUUAACUUCCAGUUAGGUCGAGGUCUAACUAUCAUUCCAAAUGUAUAAAAAGGAUGCUGUGGAUCACCAAUCUCCAAUUUCAAAUCGAUAUUGAACUUGAUCUCAGAAAUCUCAAUCCCCACUGCAGAAAAAGACAAUGGCAAGGCUAGUUGGUUCUUGGUUGGUGGGUGUUUCUUUGUCGGUGAUGUUGGUGGUUGCCACAGGAUGGGGCCCCUCUGUGGAUGAUGUCAAGGAGCAGCUGCAGCAGGCUGGUGAGGCUGCCAAGCAGACAUCUGAACAAUGGGCACAAUGGGCUUCAGAAAAGUUCUCAAGCAGGGGACUCAGUGAAGUUGAAGGUGCCAAUGUGCAGGAUGCCUCACAGUAUAUGAAAGACGCUGCAUCAGGGCUGAAGGAUAAAGCAAGCGAAGCUGCGACGGGAGCGAAAGAGAAAGCAAGCCAAGCUGCGACGGGAGCGAAAGAGAAAGCAAGCCAAGCUGCGACGGAAGCGAAAGAGAAAGCAAGCCAAGCUGCGACGGGAGCGAAAGAGAAAGCAAGCGAAGCUGCGACGGGAGCGAAAGAGAAAGCCAGCUCUGCCUACGAAUCGGCCAAGGAGAAGGUUGGCGAGGUCUAUAACGCAAAAAAACCCAAAGAGCUAUAAGCUGGCACACCAAUAUCAAGGAGACUCAUCAACCACCACCUUCUUCCCUCUUUCUAACAGAAGACAAGAUGGAAGUCUUUGAAUUCCCUUUUUGUUUAAUCUGGAGAAUAAUUGUUAGCAUGUUAUUUUUCUGGUUUAAAAAUUUUGUUUGCCUUUGACCUAUUAUAUGUUGCUCACUUAUUGUAAACAAGCUUUGGGUUGUGAUCUUUAGAGGAUAUUUAUUCGA